AUGAUCAGUACAAAUAACGUGACUGAGUUUAUUAUCACCGGCCUUUUCCAGGAUCCAGAGGUGCAGAGAGUGUGCUUUGUGGUGUUUCUUCCAGUGUACCUGGCCACGGUGGUGGGCAAUGGCCUCAUCGUGUUGACAGUCAAUGUCAGCAAGAGUCUGCAUUCCCCCAUGUACUUCUUCCUUAGCUACCUGUCCCUGGUGGAGAUCAGUUACUCUUCUACUAUUGCCCCUAAGUUCAUCACUGACUUACUCACCAAGAUUAAAACCAUCUCCCUGGAGGGCUGUUUGGCUCAGAUAUUCUUCUUCCACUUCUUCGGUGUGACAGAGAUUCUCUUGCUCACAGUGAUGGCUUAUGACCGCUAUGUGGCCAUCUGUAAACCCCUGCACUACACAACCAUCAUGAGCCGGCCUGUGUGUCACCUCCUUCUGGCUGGUUCCUGGCUGGGGGGCAUAAUUCACUCCAUGGUUCAGAUCCUUAUCAUAGUCCAAUUGCCCUUUUGUGGCCCCAAUGUCAUUGACCACUACUUCUGUGACCUCCAUCCCCUAUUCAAGGUUGCCUACAAGAUGGUGGCUGUGUUCUACACAGUGAUCACCCCUCUCCUCAACCCUGUCAUCUACUCCCUGAGAAAUGCUGAAAUGAAGAAGGCCAUGAAGAAGUUGUGGAUGAGGACAAUGAAACUGGAUGAGAAAUAG